GAACGUAUUAUCAUAAAUAUAUGUGGCAGAUAGCACUUGAACUCGAAACUGUAGUUUAAGAUACAGUUGUUUAUACAGGGUUGUUUAUAUUUGCUAAACACAGUGUACACGUUAUCCCUGCAAAGACACUACUUCAAUCCCGAGAGUUUAGGUCAUUUUGGUAGCAUGAAGGUUUGGAGACAGUGCCAAUGUGGAUCGGGGAUUUUGCUGGCUAACAAUCGGGUGAAAUUGAGACUAUUUGGUCAUUUGAUUAUAUAUGACAAUAAAAUGACACAUUUGGAAUAUCUUUCCGAAUUCAGUAAUAUGUCCUAAUGGUGCUGUGUAAUGGUAUGCAGUAGACUGCUUUUUCAGCUGGAGGCUGGCUCUGCAGAAUCUGGUUGGUUUCCUUCCACAAGUACUCCACUCUCCCGUCAAUCAUUUGCUGUGGGCGGCUCGGCCCUAAACUCGCUCUGGGUCUUUGCAAACUGCUGGCGUCGCAAUGGCGAGUGUGAGUUGUGUUUUGUUCUUGCUUCCCAUUCUGCUGGCUCUACUGCACUGGCUGUUGAAGCAGAGGGAGACAGGCAAGCAUUCGGCUCCUCCGUGCAUUAGCGGCUGGAUUCCCUGGAUCAGGGCUUCUAUCCGCUUCGGAAAAGCUCCGCUUGAAUUUAUCGAACAAGCCAGAGCACAGUACGGAGCAGUUUUUACUGUGGUAGCUGCUGGGAAGAGACUCACUUUUAUUACAGAGGAGGAAGAUUUUGAGAUAUUCUUUAAAUCUAAAGAUGUUGACUUCCAAGAGGCAGUACAAGAAGCUGUAUGGCGUACCGCUUCAAUUAGCAGAAAGAAUUUUUAUAAGACCCAUACACCAGUUCAUGACAUGUUGAAAGCGAGACUGGCUCCACCCAGAUUGCAUUUGUUCUCAGCUAAUCUCUAUAACGAAUUUUGUGAACGUCUUCUGUACCUUGGAGCCAAAGGCAUCGAUAAUUUGUAUGACCUUAUCUGGCACAGUAUGUAUCCUGCAGUGGUGAACAACCUGUUUGGAAGAGACAUCUGUCCCACUAAUAGAUGUACAUUUAGGGAGAUGGAGAAGUACUUCCAGAAGUUUGAUAGAGAUUUUGAAUUUGGUUCCCAGUUGCCAGAAUUUUUACUGAGAGACUGGUCUAAAUCAAAGCACUGGCUUCUGUCUCUAUUUGGAAGUAUUGUCUCCAAUGCUGCAAAGUUGAAACCUGCAGAUGACCACUCCAAGACAUUGUUUCAGCAUCUUUUAGACACUUUGAAUGGAAACUCUACUGCUAAUUACAGUUUAUUGUUACUCUGGGCUUCCCAAGCAAAUGCACUUCCUAUCACAUUCUGGACUCUUGCAUUUAUUAUUUCGAAUCCAUUUGUUUAUCAGACUGUUAUGAAGGAACUAGGUUCUGUCAUGGAUGACAAAAGUAAUAAAAAGAUCAGAUUGAAGGAAAGUGAUCUACAGAAGCUUCCAUACUUAAAAUGUUGCAUUUUAGAGGCAAUUCGUUUGCGAGCUCCAGGGGUUAUAUGUAGAAAAGUGAUACAACCUUUAAAAAUUAAAAAUUACAUUGUUCCUUCGGGAGACAUGCUCAUGUUGUCCAUUUACUGGGCACACCGGAAUCCCAAAAGAUUUCCUGAUCCUGAAAAAUUUAUUCCUGAACGAUGGAAGAAGGCAGAUAUAGAAAAACAUGUCUUCUUAGAUGGUUUCCUAGCUUUUGGAGGAGGCAGGUAUCAGUGUCCAGGAAGAUGGUUUGCACUGCUAGAAAUUCAAAUGUUUGCUGCUCUUAUACUUCACAAGUAUGAGUUUACUUUAUUGGAUCCUGUCCCAAAAGAGAGUCCACUUCAUUUAUUAGGAACCCAACAGCCAGCAGCUCCUUGCAGAGUUGAAUAUAAAUUUCGAUGACCAAUACUUGCUGCAAACACAGUUGUGCUCAGCGUAACCAGUGUACUCAAAAGUAGAUUUGAUAAUAAUUAAAAAUAAACUUUUUCUUUGUUUAAUGUAAAAUAAUCAUGUACCUGUAUUGUAUUUUGUAGGAUUAUGUAUGUUGGACAAUAUUAAUAAAUAAUCAUUUGGUGUUACAGAAGUUGAA